AACAUGGACUUCGCUCGCCUCUGGUUAGGGCUGCUGCUGCCUUUGGUAGCUGCUCUGGAUUUCAACUACCACCACCAGGAAGCGAUGGAAGCGUUUUUGAAGAAUGUUGCCAACAACUACAGUUCUAUCACUUACUUACACAGUAUUGGGAAAUCUGUCAAAGGUAGAAACCUGUGGGUUCUUAUUGUGGGACGGUUUCCAAAGGAACACAGAAUUGGGAUUCCAGAGUUCAAAUACGUGGCAAAUAUGCAUGGAGAUGAGAGUGUUGGGCGGGAACUGCUGCUCCAUUUGAUUGAAUAUCUCAUAACCAAUGAUGGAAAAGACCCCGAAAUCACAAAUCUAAUCAAUAGUACCAGGAUACACAUCAUGCCUUCAAUGAACCCAGAUGGAUUCGAAGCUGUCAAAAAGCCUGACUGUUAUUACAAUCAGGGAAGGGAAAAUUAUAACCAGUAUGACCUGAAUAGGAAUUUCCCUGAUGCUUUUGAAGUCAAUAAUGUCUCAAGGCAGCCCGAAACAGAGGCAGUCAUGAAGUGGCUGCAAACAGAAACGUUUGUCCUUUCGGCAAAUCUCCAUGGUGGCGCCUUGGUGGCCAGUUACCCCUUUGAUAAUGGUGUUCCAGAAACUGGGACAUUACACUUCCGUAGCCUAACCCCUGAUGAUGAUGUUUUUCAAUACCUUGCACAUACCUAUGCUUCAAGAAAUCCCAACAUGAAGAAAGGGGAUCAGUGUAAAAAUAGCAUGAAAUUUCCCAAUGGAGUGACAAAUGGAUACUCUUGGUAUCCACUCUUAGGUGGAAUGCAAGAUUACAACUACAUCUGGGCCCAGUGUUUUGAAAUUACGUUGGAGCUAUCAUGCUGUAAAUACCCUCGUGAAGAGAAGCUUCCAUUUUUCUGGAAUGAUAAUAAAGCCUCAUUAAUUGAAUACAUAAAACAGGUGCACAUAGGUGUAAAAGGUCAAGUUUUUAAUUACAACAAAGUUCCAUUACCCAACGUAAUUGUGGAAGUCCAAGAUAGAUCACAUAUCUGCCCCUACAAAACCAACAAAUUUGGAGAGUAUUAUCUCCUUCUCUUGCCUGGAUCUUAUGUGAUAAAUGUUACAGCCGUUGGAUAUGAUCCACACCUCACAAAGGUGGUUAUUCUAGAGAAAUCCCAGAACUUCAGUGCUCUUAAAAAGGAUAUUAUACUGCCUUACCGAGGGCAAUUGGACUCUGGCCCAGUAUCAAAUCCUUCAUGCCCUAUGGUUCCUCUCUACAGAAAUUUGCCAAGCCGCUCAGCAGCAACAAAGCCUAGUUUGUUCGUAUUUUUAGUGACUGUUUUGCACAUAUUUUUAAAAUAAAGCAAAGCACGAAACUCAACCCUUGUCACCACCUGGAAUCAGGGAUUACUCGAGCCAGGUUACUGUAACUCUAACUCCCUCUGAGGGACCUCGCUGCAUAAAUUCCAGGAGCUUCCCUAAAUGAGAACUGGGUGUUUCCAAAUCCUGCAACAAGCACUGUGUGGUGAUCAUGAA